GAAUAAUGAUUGAUGAAUUAACUAUUAAAAUUGUUCAAAUCCUGUAUUUAUAAGGAAUUAAAACAAUAUUUUGAAUGACAAUAAUAAAUAUAAGUAAUGACUUAAGACACAAACAAAAGUGGAAAUACAAACCCGAAUCAAACUUUCAAUUUCAAGGAAGUAGCAAAUAAGGCUUUAAGAUCAGGAUUAUCAGGAAGCAUGGCUAUGGCAAUUUAAGUGUGUUCUUUGAUGUGGCUUAGAACGACGAUGAAUUACCAAUAUCGUUAUGGAGGUACAAUAAUUGGGACAAUCAAACAUUUAUAUGGAUAAGGUGGAGUGCUUAGAUUUUAUAAAGGUAAAAAUUAAUUUUAAAUGUAGGGUUGGCACCAGCAUUAUUAUAAGGACCUUUAUCUCGAUUUGGAGAUACCUUUGCUAAUACUCUUUUCUUAACCUUAAUGGAUUCUUUUGAAUCAACAAGAAAAUUGCCAGUGAUGAUUAGAGCAGCAGGAGGAUCAGUUAUGGCUGGUAUUUUUAGAAUAGCCUUAACUCCAAUUGACACUGUGAAAACAAUUCUUUAAGUUGAAGGUAAAAAUGGAUUAACGAUACUAUAAUCAAAAAUUAAAGCAAAAGGAGUGCCUGUUCUUUAUCAUGGUGCUUUAGCUACAGCGUCAGCUACAAUUGUAGGACAUUAUCCAUGGUAUCAUUUUUAACUUAACUUUAGGUUUGCAACUUUCAAUCUUCUAAAUGAAAAACUCCCUGAUUAUACAGAUAAAAAAAAAAAAUUAGCAAGAAGAGCCUUUAUAGGAUUUUGUAGUUCAGUCAUUUCUGACACUAUCUCUAAUUCUCUUAGAGUUAUAAAAACUACUAAACAAACUAGUCAAAAUCCUAUAACAUAUUAAGAAGCUGUUAAUUUAGUACUAGAAAAAGAUGGUGUAAAAGGACUAUUUGGAAGAGGUUUAAAAACUAGAAUUCUAACUAAUGGUUUAUAAGGAUUACUUUUUAGUAUUCUUUGGAAAGGAUUUGAAGAUUAUCUUAAUAAAAGAUCAUCUUAAUAAUGAU